CUCCCGAUCUUGCUCUAUUUCUUUUUCCUUCUUCUCGUAGAGAUGGUGGUGGCUUUGGGUCCGGGGAGAUUCUACGGCAGCAGCCUCCCGCGGCCCCGCUUCUUUGCGGAUGACGAGAGGGUCGAUCCGCCGGUGCCCGUCUUGGAUCCCCUCCUCUCGUGGGCCAACGAGGCGCACUGGUCCAUGGGCGGCCUGAGCUUCAGUCGCCACCGCCUCCAGGGCCGCAUCGAGGGUUCCAUCAAGAAACUCCGCGCUCAGCAAGAGAAGAUCCAGCGGCGGGCUGCCUCUCCUCCUCUCGCCGCGCCGACAAAGCUGGCGAUCUCGAAGCCCAGAGCCGCCGCGGGCAAGAUCACGCUAAGUCUUUCACGCCUCGACUCGAACCCAUCGGAGAGAAACGAGGGAGAAGUGGCGGUCGAGAAGCCUCAGAAUAGCAAAGCCGGGAGCGGUGUUCAAUCCUCUACCGGACCUGCCGAGAAGAAGAGAAAGAGGGUGAGGAGGCUCGGGGAGGAGUUCGAUAGGAUCGCGGCGGAGUUGCUGAAGGAACCGAAGAUCCAAUUAGGAGGCGCGGCAGCAAGGACGCGUAGCCGGAGGUCAAUUGGAGAGGAAAUCGAACAGGAUGAAUCGGAGCCAAGUGCCCCUGCUCUCCAUGAGAAAGAGAGUACCGAGAAAAAGAAGCUGAAGCUGGCGGAUGGCGGACCGCCGAGGAGGACUUCACCGAGGAACAAGCAAUAGGCUUCGGUGAAUUUUCUCACCCUCCGAUCAUCCUUGCAUCGCUAUGUUUGUCCGAAUCUAGCUAAUAGGAGCAUUGUAUAUCUUUCUAGUUCUUGAUUGAAUGAUCAAUGGAAGCGUCUAGCCUUGAAUCUAA